AUGAAUAAAAACGCAAAGAAUAAAAGCUACUUAGAUAUCCUUCGGUUUUAUAACAAAGAUGAAUAUCAGCAGGGUUUGUAUUUUGGUGGGGGGUUAGAAAGUCAGGUCGGACUUCAAGGUGGUAGUUCGUUUUGUAAAUCCUUGAAGAAGCAACGUGUUCUGAACGAACGCAAUUGGAAUGGAGGGGAUUCGCGUGAAGAGAAUGAUGAGCAACAUUUGGGGGAAGACAAAGCGAGUCUACACACAGACUCCUUUUUCAAAACCCUCUUUUGGAGUCAGAAGAUGGCGAACAGCAACAUGAGCAGCAGCCAUUAUCCGAGCAAGUGUCGCCGCAGCAACCCGUUCGAGGAAGAAGAAAAUAAUAAUGCUCAUAAGAGAAACAUAAAAAAAAUGGUCACGUGUGCAAGUGGAGGGAAUAGAGUUAAACCAAUACACAACGAACACAAAAUAAUUCAAGAUUUGAAAAGAGAGCAGAGGAUGAAAAUGAUUUGUGUGGAGAAGGAACAUGGGUUGAUUAGAAAUUAUCAGAAGAAAAUGGCUAGCUGUUUUUUUACAUACAAGAGGAAGAAGACCUGCACCAUCUGCUUCCUUAGUAAUAAUUUGGAGAACAUGGAAAAGUGUAGAAAUUGCUCCCUGCACUUUCACGUGUACUGCUACAAGAUGUUUCGAGACGAUUUCAAUUUGAGCAAUUUUGUGUGCGACGUGUGUGUGGACUAUGAGGGGGGAGCGCAUUGUGUUGAGGUAGGUCGAAGGAGUAGCCGUACCAAGUGUAACGAGGCCGCCCACUACGCGGCCAAUUAUGCGCCCAAUCAUGCCCCCCCCCAGCGCACGGGGGAGCACUACAGAAAGUACCACUUCUCCUACAAGAGGAAAGAUGAAGACGCGACAGAGGGACCCCUCGAUUGUGGCCCCCAAGUGGAGGAAGACCAAGAGCAAAGUGAUUCUUCCCCCAGGAAAAGGCGAUUUUUUAAAUGCCUCAGUGAAGCCGAGUUUGUCAACAGUAAUGACCUCCUCCCUGCGCAAGGGGGUCAACAAGUGAAUGGGACAUUUAAAAAGAAAGCAGAAGGUGCGAAGAGGACACUCACCGAUGAUUGCUUCCACAACAAUGUGAUAUAUCACCGUGAUGUCGCAUACCACUCCGACACGAGAUGUAAUAAAAAGCUUAGUCAUGAUAUAGGGCCUUAUAUUAAGAAGGCAAAGAGGCAAUUAAAAAAAAAAAUUGCUUUAGAAAAAACUCCUGAAAGGGUGUCUAAAAUGAUGGGUAAAUUAUUAAAGCCUUUGGUGAGCUACAAAAAGGGUUCUCAUGGGAAGGUGUCCUCCUACGGGAGGUCCUCCCGCUCCAUGCUGUUUCAUUUACAACAAAGUGAAUUUAGUAUAUCCCCCCACGAUGGAAAAAAGAGUACCCAGUAUAUGCACGCAAUUCAGUACAAGCUCCACGAGCAAGAACGAGCAACUCAACAAAUAAAGUGUAGCAUUUGUAAUGGCCUUCACAAAAAUGUCCUCAUGAUUAGGACUGGCCCAGACUUAUGGUUCCACCUCUGUUGUUUAUACUACAAUGACAUAACUAAAUGUUUCUCCCUCAUGCAUGUUUACUUUGAGUGUUUUUUUUUCAAGUAUUACAAUGAAGAUUAUUUUAUUAAUAUGUAUUCCAAGCUUAAAGGCGUUAAUGAAAUGAUCAUUCAAAAGAUAAAGCAUGAAUUGCUCAGCAGCUACAACACCACAAUACACAGUCACUCAUUUAAUUUUCUUAUGAAUCCUUACUACUACAAUUUGACGCUCAAGCAGAUUAAGAAUUUAAUUUUUUACAAUUUCAUUUUACACACAAAUGUUUUGUAUGGAGGGUACAGUGGGUGUGGUACUUCAACUGUUCAUGUGUCAUCGGUCGGGAGCAGUGGUGAAGCGGAGUGCACUGUUCAGGGAGUAUUGUGUGCCAACCUGAAUUGUGAAAAUUUGUGUGAAAUGAACUUUAGUUCGAAGGACAAGAAUCGCGUGGGAGAAUCAUCCAGCUGCUUACGAUCGAGCAGGAGGAGGAGGGAGGACAGUCAGAAGGGUGAUCAUCCUUCCCGCAUGGAUGUACGUGGUAAAUUAGAUAGUCCUGAUGAGUGCUGCUCCAGUUUAAGUAGUGCCGACAGUAGCUACGUCGCAAGUAGUAGUGCGUCCAGCUGUAGCGACUCCUCCUCUGAUAGAGGCAACACGAGAGACGGAACACAAGAUUUGGAAGAAGGAGAAUAUGAAGACGACCCAGAAAAUGACCCAUAUGUUGAUGAGGAGGAAGAGAUAAUGAGUUUGCACAGCCAAAAUGGAUUUACCAAUAUGUACUGCAUGGAUACGAACAACUGCACUGUUGUCACGGAGGACAAUUAUUACAUUACAGACGUCGUUCAUAUUAUAAGUAAUCACACAAGGAACGAAAUCAAUCUUAGUGUGAACAAGCAAAACGAAUUGAAUUCAUUCUUCAAGGAAAUUGAACAGCUUAUUUAUAAGAGGGACUUCAUUCACUUGAGCAUUCUCAAACAGAUUAAGGAGAAAAUCCUCGAGUCAGUCCUCAACAAUCAAUCACAGAUUUGUGCCUUUUGUAAAAGGGCUACUGGGAUAAAGACGAAGUGCAUGUAUCCAUCCUGCUGUACUUAUUUUCAUAUUUCCUGUUACUAUGAGUUUGUUUGGCACAGUGCGCAUGUGGUGAGUCAGUGGAGGAGGGGCACCAAGAGGGACGACCGACUCGCCAGCAGGGGGGCGGCGCAGACACACGCGGGGGAGGGGCAUGCAGCGGAGAGGCACUGGCGCAACGGUAUGGGUAGCGACGAUGGAGAUUUGGGCGAAAGCAGUGAAAACAACGUUGGCCGUAGGACCGUUGUUGACCGUGGCGGUCGCUCUCGGGAAAAGGAGGCACCCAGUGCAGGUGUUGUAGUGAAAAGCCCCUCUAAGCGAAACUCCCAGGAGCAGUCGCCUGUCGACGCACAGAGGGGGGUGGCCCCACAGGACCCGAUCCAGUACAUUCGAAAUACUAAGAGAAAACUCAUGGACAAGAGUGAGCAGCAGAUUGGUGGCAGUAGCAGCGGUGCAGCGGUGGGGGAGGGCUCCCAAGGUGGAUCGCCAACAGGGCCGACAAAUGAAUCACCAGCCGAAUCACCAAAGAUGACCAAAAAAAACAUUGAAGCGAAGAUGACCCAGACUAUAUCCCCCUCAACCGCUGACACCGCAGACAAGACAAAUCCCCAGGAUAAAAAGGAAGAAAUGGAGUCGUCGUCCACACCGCUUGCCACUUCAGGUCCCGUCAGAUUAGAGGAUGACCCCCAGAGGAGCAAAGGCAUCAUGGAUGCGAAGGAAGUUAACAGCGGGGGGGGAAGUGUAGUUAGUAGUGGACACGUACCAUCCAUCCCAGUGAGUAACACCGUUGGGUAUGGACAAUGCGAUCGGGUUGAAGAUAGGAACGGUCAUCACCCAGGUGGUGGAGCGUCCAGCCAAGGUUACUUAUUAAACGCCCGACGUGGAAGGUGGAAGGGAGGAGUAGUCCCCCUGAGCGACUCCAAGAGGGGUUCAUUCGAAGAGGGAAAAUUGAACCAAACAGUUCGAUCAAAGAGCAGCCACCAUCAACAUAAUCAGAUGAUGGUGUUAGAUCACAUGAAGCAAAAUGAAAUAAAAAAAACUCCCUGCAAAAAUACCGAAGUGGGAGGAGAUCCUCAAGGGAGGAGAUUUGUGGAGAAUACAAGUUUGUAUAACGACGCCACUACAACAGGAAUGAACAGAUUGAGUCAGCUCACGUUUAAUGAUUGUGGGAAAUAUCCAACGAGGGAUUAUGUCUCCGUAGGAGGUAUCCCUCGCCAGGGUGAGAAGCCAGACGUGAGAAUGCACAAACAGCUCAUGCAGGGAGAGGAGCACAAACCAUGUCAGAAAACGCCACCCAAAAUGGCGUCAAAAACGAUCCCCAACACGCGAGAUCGACCGGAUCGACCGGAUCCACCGCGGAGGGGUGACGACUGUGAGAGUCUUUCUUCCCUAUCGUCUCUCCUAUGCCCCUCCGUACCAUCCGACUGCGACGAAUCCUUAUUCGGCUCCAUCAGAUCGUCCGACCGUUCUCUGUCCCUUCACUCAAAUUCGAGUUCGAAUUCAAAUUCGAUGUCUCUCCACUCAUGGACAAUAUCAUCGGCCUCCUCUUCAUCGUCGAGCACAUACGCGUCAUCCUCGAGUUGCUCAUCCGAGUAUGUAACUCCUUCCAAACAAGUAACAAUGAGAAAAUGGGACAUGCCUUCUUCCUCUUCCUCUUCUUCCUCCUCUUCAUCCUCCUGCUCCUCCGUGACGUCAAACGUGAAUGGAAAAGCCAAGUCCAGAUCGACCUCCCCAUCUGCAGCGUCAAAUAGGUCACAUCGAAAUAGCAACUCCCUAUGUAGCAGCAACUCGGAAGAAGCAUUACCCUCCUCAUGCGGAGAGGAGGUCUCGCAUUCUACGUUGGGGGGUCAUAUAAGAAAUUCAAGCACAAAACAUGUUAGUAGUAAUACCAACAAUGGACUCUUUACCACCAGCAUUUCUAACAAGGGAAACAAUUACAUGCAAAUGAAGAGCAUCAAGCUGACCUUGUGCAACGCUCAUAACAAUGAAAACGACAUAACGACUGUGAUGAACUUGAAGAUAAAUGCAGCUAAUAAUAGAAGGCACAACAACCUGGGUGGUAUAUUUUUUCAUUAUUAUAAUUCGUUCCUCUCCUCUGUGUUCUUCGCGGAGACGUAUGCCCACCUGUCGGAGGGGGGAGAAAAUGCUAAAGAAGGAGAGGGCACUAAAGAAUGGCUGGGUAACCAAUGCGGAAACGAAAGUGGAAACCUGCUAGAAGAGAAAAAAAAGGAAGACGAAAUGAAGGAGGGAAAUAGCAGCACCCACUUGGGAGAACAAGACAGUCGAGGAGAAGCAAUCAGCGUAGAUGAUGCUGUGACAGCGGCAGUCAACCCACCAGACGGAGAAACGACGCAUAAACAGAGUGAUCACACACAUAAGAGAAAAAUUGGAUGUCUGUCCGCCACGCCUAACUCCGAUGGGGAAAACGAGCAGAAGGACAUGAGCCAUUCAGAUAAAUGUGGAGAGGAAGAAACAAAUGUAGUGCACAUAUCACAUGAAAAUAAAAAAAAAAAAGCUAAACUGGAUAUUGAGGAGUGUGGAGGAGAGCUAACCGGAGUGGAGAAUGACACACACAACGGUGAAAGCAAUGAUGGUGGUAGGUGGCGUGACGAGGCUCACACGGAAGGGGAGGGAAGCUCAGACAAUCCUGAAGAUAAAAAGAAGGAAAAGGAACCAGCGAACGAGUUGGAAGUAACCACCGACUAUGAGAAUUCCCCGACGCAAGAAAAGGCCAACGGAUAUGAGACGAUGAAGGAUGCGCAAGGAGUAAUCGAAUUGGGAGUAGAAGCCGGGGAGGUGGAUAAACAGCAGCAAAGGACAGCUGAUUUGAGUGAGGAGGAAGUGGCCCCACGUCAAGCAAAUGACCUCGCGCUUCUCCCCUUCAUGAACUACAUCAACAGAGUGAUCAGCAACGUAGAAGCCACCGUCAUCCUGAAGAACAACGUGUGUGAAGGAGUGUACUAUUUGAGGCAACAAAAUGGUUUAAACAUAUGCCAGAAGGUUAGCGGUCGAUUUAAAAAGAAUCUUAAGGGAAAUAAAAAAAACAAUACGAGUAGUAUGGACUUGAAGAAAAAAGUGGACGUGAACAAAUUUGCGUACCUGUUUUAUCGACUUCCUCUUUUGCUUUCCGGAAAUAAGUUUGUAAGUGAUGUGGAUAAUUUGAAAUACAUAAGUCAGAUAAAAACUGUUUUUCAUCAUUACUUUGAUUUUUGUAAUUCUCGCAAUAUCGUUGGUCUUGUGGAAUUACUUAAAGGAUACGCCAGCCACUCCAUGUUCCACAAGACUUCGAGCAACUCGAGGAGAUGUGUCAACCAUGAUAGGGAGGACAAGUGUGCCACGAGGAGGAAGCUUUCCGUCACCGGCGCGGUGGACGCGGUGGACGCGGCAGAUGGGGCCGAAGCGGAGAAGGCGUUGCAUCAGGAUGGCGAGGAACAACCCUCCUUGGGCAAUUCGUUCGACUCGACGGCAGCGGUAGAUACGACCACUACAGCGGCAGAUGACGCGGGCGAUGAUGCCGCCGCGCAGAUGGACAAUUCAGAAGAACACACUGGUAGCAUUACCACGAUGAUGGAGGUGGCUUCCACUGAACAGCAGAUCGAAAAAAAUCAAUCACAGAAUGAUCACCCAUUUGAGAAUGAAAAGGAAAACGUUAUGGAAAAUGGCGACACAGAUGUAAUUAAAGGAAGCACGUGUGCUAGCACCGUCAGUGCGUAUUGCCCAAGUGUACAUGGAGACAACCAUUAUGAUGUGCAGGACAAGGAGAUGGUAGAUACACAUGAUAAGGAAUUAAAAAUAAAAAAAAAAAAAAAAAAAAAAAUCAACUGCCAAUGGAAAUAA